CAUUCUGUUCAAAAGAAGAAGGCAAAGAAUUUGUAAACCACAUUGAUGGUGAUUCUACCAAUAACAAAGCAUCUAAUCUCGAAUGGUGUACACCAAAAGACAAUUUACAAUAUGCAUUGUGUCUCAGGCCUCAGGAUGGUUGGAUGCGUCAACGUGCUGUCAAGCAGAUUUUUGAUGAUAG